AUGAGCGAUGAGAGAACGAGCCUUGUUUGCGAACUGGUGAAGAGGAACUCAACUUUCUUUUCUGUUAUGUUCUUUGAGGACCUUUUCCCAAAGUUAAGGUGGUUGGAUGUGCUUUUAGGAUCUGAAGCCAAACUUAGAACUCACUUCAACACAUGGGAUUCUCUUUUGGAGGAGUUUAUAGAGAAUCAUCUAAAUAGGUGCAAGGAUGGGGGUGACAGCAAUGGCACGAAUACGGAUUUCAUUGAUAUUUUGCUUCAACUGCAGAGAGAUUCGAACACGGACUUUGUCCUCACAAGGAACCAUAUCAAGGCCAUACUAAUGGACAUGUUUGCUGCGGGAACAGACACAUCAUUCAUAACCCUUGAUUGGAGUAUGGCUGAACUUAUUCGAAAUCCAGAAGUGAUGAAGAAGGUACAAGAUGAAGUGAGAGAAAUAGCCAAUGGAGAUGAGAUGAUAACAGAGGAACGUUUGGGCCAACUAAAGUAUUUGAAUGCUGUCAUAAAAGAAGUUCUUCGUCUCCAUCCUCCUGUUCCCUUACUGCUUCCCCGAGUGUCAACCGAAGCUUGUCAAAUGCAAGGAUAUAACAUUCCGAAAGAAACAAGAGUCAUCAUCAAUGCAUGGGCUAUAGGAAGAGAUGGAGCUUAUUGGGAUUCUCCAGAUGAGUUCAAACCAGAAAGAUUUUUGGACAGUACUAUAGACUAUAGAG